AAUUACCGCAUUAUUUAUUUGUUGGUUAAUUCGAAAUUGUUUCAAGGCAGUCAAAAACAUUUCAAAGUGAGCAAUAAAAAAAAAUUGGUGAUCCUUGUAUAAAAAAGCAAAACGCAAAAGUGACCAAUCGUCAUUAACUAUGGUCAGCAUUGUCUUAUAAACUGAUGGUCUCGCUUGCCAUUUCCCGCGUACUUUGUGGGUGGUUUUGGGAUAUUGUCUUUAAAUUCUUCAGUUAAACGGGUUAGUGAGAUGAUGUUUUUAUUGAUUUUUUAAUAGCCGUCUCUGUGACUGUCGUGUUACAAAAUUUGAGUUGACCGUUGAGUUUUGGGAUGUCUCAGUCGCAAGAAGUACCCGAAUCAGCUGAAAUGAAUGAAAAUGAGAGUACCCAGCUGAAUGACAAUGAAUCUUCAUCGGACGCAAAUUCGAAGAUAGAAGAUUUCGAUACGAAGGUGGAAAAUGAUAGGGGCAAAAGAUUUGACUUUCUGCUCAAACAAACCGAAAUAUUUUCGCAUUUUAUGAACCAGUCGAAGACGCCCACAAAACCCAAAACCGGACGACCCAAAAAAUUAAAAGAAGUGGACGCUUCCGAUCAUCGGCACAGGAAGACCGAACAAGAAGAAGAUGAGGAGCUGCUGGCCGAAACAAACGCGAAAUGCAAGCCGACGAUUCGAUUCGAAACUUCCCCAUUUUAUAUCAAAGGCGGGGAGAUGAGAGACUACCAGAUUAGGGGCUUGAACUGGAUGAUAUCCUUGUACGAGAAUGGCAUUAAUGGGAUAUUAGCCGAUGAAAUGGGUCUCGGGAAGACAUUGCAGACUAUAUCCUUGUUGGGGUUCAUGAAGCAUUACAAAAACACUGCCGGGCCCCACAUCGUCAUCGUGCCCAAAUCGACUCUCUCUAAUUGGAUGAAUGAGUUUAAGAAGUGGUGCCCGAGUUUGAGAGCUGUUUGCUUAAUCGGGGAUCAAGAAACUAGGAACUCCUUCAUCAGAGACGUGUUGAUGCCUGGUGAAUGGGACGUGUGCGUGACCUCGUACGAAAUGUGUAUUAAGGAAAAGUCCGUGUUUAAAAAGUUCAAUUGGCGUUACAUGGUCAUAGACGAAGCGCAUCGCAUCAAAAACGAAAAAUCCAAGCUUUCGGAGAUCCUACGGGAGUUCAAAACGACUAACCGGCUCCUGCUCACCGGUACUCCCCUGCAAAACAACCUGCACGAACUGUGGGCGUUGUUAAACUUCUUACUGCCCGACGUGUUCAAUUCGUCCGACGAUUUCGACGCUUGGUUCAACACGAACCAGUGUCUCGGCGAUAAUAGUCUCGUGGAACGUUUGCACGCCGUCCUCAAACCGUUCCUGCUGAGGAGACUCAAGUCGGAGGUGGAAAAGAAACUGAAGCCCAAAAAAGAGGUGAAGGUGUACGUCGGUUUGAGUAAAAUGCAACGCGAGUGGUACACGAAGGUCCUCCUCAAAGACAUAGACGUAGUCAACGGGGCGGGCAAGGUGGAAAAAAUGCGCCUGCAAAACAUCCUGAUGCAGUUGCGCAAGUGCACCAACCACCCGUACCUGUUCGACGGGGCUGAACCGGGUCCACCGUACACCACCGAUGAGCACUUGGUGUACAAUUGCGGCAAGAUGGUGGUACUCGAUCGGUUACUGCCCAAACUGCAAGAACAGGGCUCGCGGGUGCUGAUUUUUUCCCAAAUGACCCGGAUGUUGGACAUCCUGGAGGACUACUGCCACUGGCGGUGCUACCAGUACUGUCGAUUGGACGGUCAGACGCCCCACGAAGAUAGACAGAGGCAAAUCAACGAAUACAACGAGGACGACAGCAGUAAAUUUAUUUUUAUGUUGUCUACGAGGGCCGGCGGGCUGGGUAUAAACUUGGCAACGGCGGACGUGGUUAUCAUAUACGAUUCCGAUUGGAACCCGCAGAUGGAUCUGCAGGCGAUGGACAGGGCCCACAGGAUCGGGCAGAAAAAACAAGUGAGGGUUUUCCGAUUCAUAACCGAAAACACAGUCGAAGAGAAAAUCGUGGAGAGGGCCGAGGUGAAGCUCCGACUAGACAAAUUGGUGAUACAGCAGGGUCGGCUGGCCGACUCGAAGGCGCAGAGUUUGAACAAGGACGAGAUGCUCAGCAUGAUUCGUCACGGGGCGAACCACGUGUUCGCCUCCAAAGAUUCGGAAAUUACCGAGGAAGACAUCGACACCAUUCUCGAGAAAGGGGAGGCGAAGACGGCCGAGUUUGCGCAGAAGAUGGAAUCUCUUGGCGAGUCGUCCCUUCGCAAUUUCACCGUCGACACGCCCACGGAGUCGGUGUACCAGUUCGAGGGCGAGGAUUACCGCGAGAAACAAAAAACCAUCGGGAUCAGCAAUUGGAUCGAGCCGCCGAAACGGGAACGCAAAGCGAACUACGCGGUGGACGCGUAUUUCAGGGAAGCCCUUAGGGUUUCGGAACCGAAAGCGCCGAAAGCGCCCCGACCCCCCAAACAACCGAUCGUGCAAGAUUUUCAAUUCUUUCCGCCGCGACUGUUCGAACUGUUGGACCAAGAGAUCUACUAUUACCGUAAAUCGUUGGGUUACAAGGUUCCGAAGAAUUUGGAGUUGGGCCCGGACGCGAGCAAACAGCAACGGGAGGAGCAGAGGAAGAUCGACGAUUCGGAAGCGUUGACGGAAGACGAGCAGCAGGAGAAGGAGACGUUGCUGACGCAGGGCUUCACCAAUUGGAGCAAGAGGGACUUCAAUCAGUUCAUAAAGGCGAACGAGAAGUACGGCAGGGACGAUAUCGAGAACAUCGCCAAGGAGGUGGAGGGGAAGACGCCCGAGGAAGUGAUGGAGUAUUCGGCGGUGUUCUGGGAACGUUGCCACGAAUUGCAGGAUAUCGACAGGAUCAUGGCGCAGAUCGAGAGGGGCGAGGCGAAGAUACAGAGGAGGGCGAGCAUUAAGCGCGCGUUGGACGCGAAGAUGGCGAGAUACCGCGCCCCUUUCCAUCAACUAAGAAUCUCGUACGGUAACAACAAAGGUAAAAACUAUAUGGAGGAAGAAGACAGAUUUUUAGUCUGUAUGCUCCAUAAGUUGGGAUUCGACAGAGAAAACGUUUACGAGGAGUUGAGGGCGGCCGUACGUGCGUCUCCCCAGUUCAGAUUCGAUUGGUUUUUGAAGUCACGAACGGCGAUGGAACUACAGAGACGUUGCAACACGCUGAUCACGCUCAUCGAGCGGGAAAACGCGGAACUAGAGGAAAGGGAGAAGAACGAGAAAAAGAAGAAGACUCCCAAGAUGGGUUCCAUUAGCGGAACGACGAAUCAGGCAAUGUCCAAGUCGGCGCAAAAGAGGAAGAACGAAUCGAUGGGCGGCGGCGCCAGCGAAAAGAAGAAGAAGAAAAAGUGAACGUAGUGGCUUCUUAAUUUAUUGGUGAUUCAUUCCUUUGCGUGAUUUUUUUCCCCUCGUGUACGUAACUAGGCUUUUGUCAUUUGUCGCAAUAAA